GUCGCGCAUGCGUACUGUCAGUACUAAGAGGGCGUCGUGCAUGGCGUCAUGGGGCUACUCGGCUAGCUGCGUGUGACUUGUCCAAAUGGAGAGUGAACACACACUUUUACACCUCAAUGGAGCUUUCUUCUACAAACUAAACCUCGACUGGACUGCGAGAAACAUUUGAGCUUUCACCCAAGAGGAAUAGCAGCGACUCGGAGAGGAGCUUGUUUACUUGUUUAGACAAAUAAUCACUCGGCGGAAGGUGAGUCAUCCUCUCACACUUUCAGCAUGUGAGUGAAAGAACUUCUCUGUCUGGCUUCCUACUUCCUGCCUGCAGGAAUGUCCAUCAACCAUGAAGACGAGUUUGUUGCCGUGCGGGUUCAAGACCCCCGUGUGCAGAAUGAAGGCUCGUGGAAUUCAUAUGUGGACUACAAGAUAUUCCUCCACACCAACAGCAAGGCGUUCACUGCGAAGACGUCCUGCGUGCGGCGGCGCUACAGCGAGUUUGUGUGGCUGAAGAAAAGGAUGCAGAAGAACGCGGGCUUGGUGCCCGUCCCGGACCUCCCCGGAAAGUCCUUCUUCUCCUUCGGCAACGAGGACUUCCUAGAAAGACGACGCCACGGCCUUCAGGUCUUCCUGGACAGGGUGGUCCACAUGACGGUGUGCCUGUCAGACAGCCAGCUGCACCUCUUCCUGCAGACGCAGCUGCCGGUGGGCCACAUCCUGGACUGUGUGCAAGGCCACACCCCCUACACCGUGACGGACGCCAUCCUCACCUACGCCUCGUCCAACCUGGGCUGGGCUCAGGCUCAGGAGGAGGACGCCGCCGUCAAGGAGCAGAGUCUCAGCGUGCCGUACGAGUCCAUGGAGAGUCCUGCUCCUCAUCAGCCCCGCCCACAAGGCAUGCAGGCCUUCUCCGCCGUCGGCCGCGACCCUCUGGUCGAGGUAUUGGAGCCUCGUGACGCCACCGCCAGGAAGUGUAAGAAGGCCCUCCUUCCUGCUGACGACGGUCCAGCAGACGCCACCUUCUACCUCGAGGACAGCCGCCAUGAGCGGACGCUGGACUACACUCCCGAAGACACGCCCAGGAGCGGGCCCAUGGAGACUCCCGUGGAGGUGCACUCACCUGCGGCGGCGGGCUUUGAGGAUGGCGCCCUUUUGGAGGAGGAGCCUACGACCACAUGGGAGUCCUGUGAGCAUGCAGACCACGUUGCUGCUGGAGACAAGGUCAGGUCACAUGACUCGGCAAAGGAAGAACACCAUGAAGACUUCCAUGUGAGGCGGGAUGACGACUACAGCCCUCUGUCGUCCUCCAACGAGAGCAUCGUGAAGGUGAGCGACGAGGAACAGGUCGGCGACGACGCGACUGAUCCCAUCCGGCCGCCAAACGGCUUUGUGAAGAUGUCGCCAGUGGCCGGCAGGACUCCGGUGCACCUCCACGUCAACGGAUGCGGCGAGGAAGACGAGUUGAGCAACUCUUUGGACGUUGAGAAUAACGACUUCAGUGUGUUGGAGAGCAGCGCCGCCCCCCAGCCGGCCGACACGAGACACUCGCAGGCGGGAACGCCGUCCUCGUCUGCUGCCCACGCCACGGACCAGACUGCUGGGGACAUCUAGGUCCUCAAACAUUUUUGUUUUUUUUAGUUUCGAGCUUUCGCUUUUUUUAAUGUUGGAUGAGCUCCUUCUCAACAGCAGAGGGCGCCAAAGCUCCUGCUGACAUUUUAGCUGUGAUUUCAGAGUAUUUCAACAGGGAGAAGCUUCAUUAAACCUCCUUGACGACUUUCUGACAGGAUUAAACUUUUUGUGCAAUAUUUCAGCUGUUUAUGCCCAGUUCACAGUGUUCGAAAAAGGGAGCCGGCGUUGAUUCUCACCUGUGAGACACUUUUAUUCUUACAUUUUCCUUUUAGCUGUUCAUUAUUGCUGCUGAAAUGUUUUUCACCAUUUUAUUUUUGACAUGUGAACCUGGGAAAGGUGACAAUAAAAGUCUUGCUUCAACGUA